GGAGCCGUUCAUGGUUUGGCUGGUGGGACGUCUGGCAAGGCUGGCAGGACUGGAGCCGACCAGAUCCAUGGCAGCGAGAAGACAGUGAUCCCUGGGCCCAGGGCAGGGCGACCGCCAGCGCAGCCGCUGGCACGUACGUCACCCUGUGGCCAGGCGUCGAGGAGACGAGAGGGGCCGAGAGCGCCCCGCAGGCCCCCCCGCUCCCACGGUGGGGAGCGCCGACGACCUGGGCGACGGCGGGGUCACAGGCGGCCGCGGCGCAGGAGGUGGCCACUCAGACGUUCGAGCCGCCCGCGCCGCCGGCUCCACCGGCGCCAGCUGCGCCGCCCGCGCAGUCGGUCGGGACAGCGGCGCCAUGGGCACCGCCGGCGGAGCUCGCAGGCACGGCGCCGGCCGCGGCGGCCCUAGCGGCCGAGGCGGCGAGCGCGGCCUCGGCGGCGCAGCCCUGGGGCGGGGCGUCGGCCGCCGCUUCCUGGCAUCCGCCUCCGCCGGCGCCGGCCGGGGGCGUCCGUGGCGACAACCAGGGCCCGCAGCAGUGGCAGGGCUUCGACAGGCUCGACACGUGGGUGCUGAGCAUUCAGAGGUGGUCGAGAAGGACGGCACUUUCCUCAGAAGCCCAUGCUGGUCGAGUUGUGGAUGAGCUUCCAGUCGAACUCCAGGAGAAGCUGAUGCACAUCCAAGAGGACCUGGACCGUCCUGGAGGUCUGGAGGUGCUGAUAGGCUACCUGAAGCAGGCUCGAGGAGACCGAGAGGACGACCAGUCCAAGAAGGCCUUCGAGCGAGCGCUGGAGAACACGGAGAUGCGCAGUGGCGAAACUCUGACUCAGUUCGUCAUUCGCAGAGACAUGGAGGUGCGAGAAGCACGCAAGUUCGGCCUGGACCUCCCAGAGAGGGUUCAGGUCGAACAACUGAAGGCAGGAGCUCGGCUAAGCGAACAGAACAUGAUAAACUUGUUGUCCAUCUCACAGGGCCGCGAGGAUCUGGACUCAGUGAAGAAGGCCCUCAUGAGGAUGGACGUGCGACGCAAGCCAGACGCCACCCGGAGGCAGGGCAAGACCUUCGCGGCGGCCGACGAGGAGGACGACUACGGCGAGGACGACGACAUGUCCGACCUCGUGCUCGUCGAGUUCUGGGAGGACUCCAUCCUGGACAUCGUCGACGCCGAGGCGGUGUACGCGGCGGUGGAGUCCCAGGACCUCGACGAGGGGCAGCUGGCGAGCGUCGUCGCGGCCGUGCUGGACGAGAAGCGCGAGAAGGAAGGUCGUCCGAGGCGGUGGGCCGAGGCGAAGGACCUGAAGCGAGCGAUGGCGAGGGACCGGGAGUUCUUCGACAGCAAGCGGGCCGGGAAGAAGCCAGCUCCUCGUGUAGGAGUUGGAAAGCAGAAGCUAAGCAUUGAGAAGCUCAAGGUGAUUCAGAGGCUGUGCGGCUCGAUGAGGGGGAUCCCCGACUCGUGGCUGAUGCAUGAGGACGUGGAGCCCUCCGGCAUGAUCGACACGGCUGCAGGCCAGGCGCUGGUGGGUGACAAGCGGCUCGAGCGCCUCGUGAAUGACUAUGCUAAGCGGGGCAGUGCGGACAUCAUCGGGGAAGCCCUCAUCCCGAUCACCGCUAUCCCGAACAAGUGCGUGCUGAUCCAGUUCAAGAUCAUCUCCGGCGAGGUUCCCCUGCUGCUGCCGGUGAAGUGGCUGGAGUCCGUGGGAGCGAAGAUCGACCUGGGGCGCGACCGCAUCCAGCUGGACGACGUGACGCUGCCGAUGCACCGUGAGAGCUCGGGGCACCGCAUCAUGAGCCUGCUCGGCAGUCUUCCCCCUCGCCGUUUUGAGGUGGACGCGUCGGCUGCCGAGGACUGGCCCGGUCUCGAGGCCAAG